AUGACAUCACCCUCCUCUCCCCCCAGCAAGCGGAAACGCAGCGCUUCCCACCUCCCCGUGGCCCAGCCCGGCACCGCAGAGCUCCAGCCCUCUUCGCGCGACGCGUCCGGCGAAGAAGGCGGCGAGGACUCAACUGGCCCGGUCAGCGCGCCGGCCGCCAGACACAAGAAGCAGCAGCAGCAGCAACAGACCCCAGCAGACGCCGUCCCCCCUUCGAAACGGGCCCGCAAGAGCUCCGGUGAUGCCAGCUCGACUGUCACCACCAAUGGCGCCGAUGCCACGAUUCACAAGGAGGACCCGGGCGAGCCAUCAGAGACCACCAUCGCCAGCAGUGAUAUCGAAAACCGACCCCGGAGGAGCCCUGCUCUGCACAUCAACCUCCCGGUUGAGGACCAGAAAGCUAUUUCUCCGCCGCAGCGCGGUGGGUUGCAGGACCCGGUGGGAUACCACACGAACCCUCCGCCAACAGGACGGCCGGUGCGGGUGUAUGCGGAUGGAGUGUUUGAUCUGUUUCAUCUGGGCCACAUGAGACAGCUCGAACAAGCCAAGAAGGCCUUCCCAGAAGUCUUCCUGAUUGUCGGAGUAACAGGCGACGAAGAGACCCAUACGCGCAAAGGUCUGACCGUUCUCAGCGGCGCCGAACGUGCUGAAACUAUCCGCCAUUGCAAAUGGGUCGAUGAGGUCAUUCCCAACUGUCCCUGGAUCGUAACCCCAGAGUUCCUCGCCGAACAUCAGAUUGACUACGUCGCCCACGACGACCUCCCGUACCAGGCGGCUGAAGGCGAUGAUAUCUACGCGCCGAUCAAGGCCCAGGGCAAGUUCUUGGUCACUCAGCGGACUGAGGGUGUCAGCACCACCGGUAUCAUUACACGCAUUGUCCGUGAUUAUGAUCAGUAUAUUUCUCGUCAAUUCAAGCGCGGUGCUUCUCGCCAGGAACUCAACGUGUCAUGGCUGAAGAAGAACGAGCUUGAAAUCAAGCGCCACGUCGUCGAGCUCCGCGACAAUAUUCGCAACAACUGGACUAUGACCGGUCAAGAGCUUGGCCGUGAACUGCGUCAGAUCUGGCAGAAUAGCCGGCCCGGCAGCCCAGCCCCUAGUGCUCGCAACAGCGUGGACUACGGCAGCGCUCGCGGUCCCCUCGCCAGCCCGACUGGUGGCAGCAAAUCUCACCUCUCGCGCGUCGAGGCACUCAACCGACCGGACAGCCCAGGAGUUGGCCGGAACGAGGAUUUUGCGACAGGUUACAGUUUGGGAUUGAUUGGUGGUGUACGGGCAUGGAUGGCCCGCAGUCGCCUGUCUCUCCAGGAACCCUUGAGCCACCCGCACUCGCCUACCGACGAGGAGCCCGAGUCGGAGCCCACCAAUGGCUUCGAUGAUAACGAAGAGCUUCGUGGCCGUGCCGGUAAGGGUGUAUCCCAAUAG